ACGUGUCCAGUCCGUUAAGGACGAGCUGUCGACCCCUGGACGCUGAAUUUGAGUUUCUUCCUCCAACUAAUGAAGAGCUCACAGAAUAGUAUUCCUGCUCGGGACGGUAAACUGACACUCACACGCUGUGUGCGGUAUCCAAGCUGCGCAUGUUGGACACAGGCUGUUUCCACCCCAGGCAAAGCCACUUGCUCAAAUUAACCCUCUACGUAUACAAGCGCCCUCGGAAAAUUCAGCUGCAUCAACUGUAAGUUAUUGAGGUCGGCUGCUUCUGAACUCCCGCGCUGUUGUAAUCAUGUUUUGUCUCCUUGUCUUUUCCGGUCAAGUUCUCGCCGAUAUAUAACCUGCAUAACGCUGACAUUAAAAGUAUCACAUCUACAUUUACGAAUUACGCAAACGCCCCUCUCUCAACGAAGCUAUUUACAAAACUACAAAAUAAAGAUUCUGCGUAAGAGGGUAACUGGACCGGGGCCAGAAAUGGGAGGGCGAAUUAAGCCCUCGGUUGCUCCUGACUUCUUUGGGGGAUUUAGAAGGGAUCUACGGGAAAGAAAGAUUUAUGAAUUGAUAGGUGGUCGCGUUUUGUUUGGCGGAGUGGCUGUACGCAAGAAGUCGAGGGGCUCUGUGUUUCAUCUACUUAAAAGGAUUAAGACGAGUGAUGUACACCAGGUGGGAGGUAGAGCAACACAACCAGCAGCGCAGGAUUAUUAUCUCCGAGUAAACUUUCUUGACUGCGCAUAGAAGUGAGAAAAAAGCCAUGAUAACGGAUUUUCCCCGAGAGCACGAGUUUCUCUCUCUUUCUCAUAAUUCUUAAACCGCGUCAUCCCACUUCACUUAUCAUAACAGGAAGACGGGCGCUUAUUAUUAUUGUUUUUCUUUUUUUUUUGUGCUUUCAGUACAGCGGUCUGUCUAUUGACACUGAACAAGGCGUUUCUUCAAAAAGGGACCGUAACUGAAAAUUGAACUCUCAGCUUCUUUUUGUCAGCUGCCGAUGUUGAGUUCGCCGGGCACAAGAUGACGACUGAAACUCCCCAACAGCAGUUGGACCCGCCGUCACAUUUACGAUCCCCGGUGCCUGGUGUUGUACAUUCCGCUCUGACGAAUGCACAAUCCGAUGCUGGGAGCGCAGCUACUGCCGCCUGUGCUAAUGGGAAAAAGGCGAACUCGGGUCUAAGGCGACCCGAGAAGCCUCCGUAUUCAUACAUUGCCCUCAUUGUGAUGGCUAUACAGAGCUCCCCGAUCAAGAGGCUGACUCUAAGUGAGAUUUAUCAGUUCCUUCAAGCCAGGUUUCCAUUUUUUAGGGGAUCUUACCUAGGUUGGAAGAAUUCUAUCAGGCACAAUCUGUCUCUGAACGAAUGUUUUAUAAAAUUACCCAAAGGCCUGGGGAGACCGGGCAAGGGCCAUUACUGGACCAUUGAUCCAGGCACCGACUUCAUGUUUGAGGAAGGUUCGUUUCGCCGCAGACCACGAGGAUUUCGGAGAAAAUGUCAGGAUUCGAAACCCAUGUAUCGGUUGAUGAACGGAAUAGGGUUCAGCACAUCCAUAUUAUCGAAAACCUUCGAUUUUCAGGCGCCCUCCGCAUCCUUGGCUUGCCACGCCAGCGAUUACAACUUGGACGUGAUGGAGAAUUCGCCACUGGGUUACGAUGAUCAUAACGGUGGACACCGUGUUCCCCACUUGUCUCCCAGUGCAAGAUCCACAAACAUGGGCAGUUGUCCUGUAACGACUAAUGGUCCAGACAGCAAUAGUAGCCCAAUGCCUCCUUUCUCAUCCAUGGACAGUGGCUUAGACUGCCACACUCCAUAUACAAGUACUUCUACACACUGGCCAUCCCCCGUUGCUUCUCCGUAUGUCAAACAAGAACCGCAGGCCUCUAGUAACCCACCAACAUCCUCCGGGUUACAUUCCAGCGUGCCUACUUACUCAUUUGAACAGAGUUUUCUCCAUCAUAUCGCUAAGGAUACGGCUGAUAUUUCAGUGGGAAUACCUCGAUACCAGACGUACUCCUCCCAGGUCCGUGACAGAAAAGACUUCGUUCUUAACUUUAACGGAUUCUCUUCGUUCAAUCCAUCGACCGGUGGAUCUUACUAUCAUCAGCAGCUAAACCACCACCCCUACCACAGCGUCUGUGAAGAUGUCAAGCCUUGCGUUAUGUGAGUCUCCUCAGAUCCGUGUAAUAGGCCGACGUGCCAUGGAAAUAAGCUGAUGAGAGAAAUAUAACUUGUGACGUUUAUACUGAAAAAUCUUUUCAGGAUGAAGUUUUCAUUUAUCCAGAGAAAAUAUAACGAAUAGUAAUUUCAAUACACUGUCAAAGCGACCGUUUAUAGCAUAGCGAUAGUGGUACGCACAAGUUUUGGAGUAAUUAUAUUGAUAAAGGGAUGUAGGCCAUUAAAUGGCCGCCAUUUCGAAUCCGUAUUUCAUUGUUAAGUAUAAAUAAAUUUUGUUUUUAAAAUUGCGAACGUAAACAACUGAUUUUUGCAUUCUUGAAAAUAAGAAAAAUAAAGCUGAUGGCUGUAUUUUAAGUUACUUGUGUGUCCUGCCUUUAUGAAUUUGUAUUACCUUAAGUCAUUUGGAACAACCAAAUGUGUUUUUUUCCCCCACUUUAUAUCAACAUUUCUUUCUUUCUUUCUUUCUUUCUUUCUUUUUUUUGCAUGGCCUCUGCACGUAGUCCUGUAAACGAUGUAAAUACUAAUCUGGUGCACUUGUUUUUCACUGUCGAUUAAAUUCACUCGCCUGACUUAUUUUCAUUGGACAGUGCAACAAAAACAGUUGGCAGCCAUCCCCGUGCAGCUACAGCAUAAAUCCUAUGGUCAAUUUUGUACAUCUGGUCAGCCGACAACAGCUGUGAAGUCCUCUGGUGGAUUUUUCUACAUACAAUUAUAGGAAUAUCAUUUUCCAUGUAUUUUUGCUGCCCAUUGAGAUUUUAUUUCUAUAUUAGCAAUAUGAUUAAUUCUCAGUUGUUUGCUAUCAAGAUUUCACAUACAAUGUAUUACUAGUCUUCGAUUGACUCAGGUAACAUAAUAAGUGAUCACCCUUUUUGCAUUUGAAAAUAUCUGGUUUUGAGUGGAAGAUGUGAUACUUCGAUGUCUUUAAUUGUCACUGUGCUUCAAAAUGUUUAUUAUUUAAGAAAUACAAACAAUGUUAUUUUUUCACGGGAUCUAAACGUAGAAAAUAAAAUAGGUGAUGUGAUUUUUAUAAGUUGGCUUGGAAAAAUAAUAAUAAUAGCAAUUACUAGCUACUACUACUAGUACUACUACUACUAAUAAUAAUAAUAAGAAUUAUUAUUAUUAUUAUUAU